UUAUAAAUGCCUUUUUUGAAGAUAGCCAUGGGUCUAAUUUAGCAAAAGCAACACCCCCUGAGACUGAUUUGUAGUUCUAAUACGUGUUAAACAGUUUUGUGAAUGACACAAUCCUUUUCCUUUUUUUCAUAUUCAAUUCAAACUUCCUAAAAGCCGAACGCGGGUGCAAGAAUCAAAGAAUAGGAAAUACAAUAAAAGAUUCAGUUUGCUGAAGGGGAGGAGAACUAGCAUAAUUUUCAUACUGCAUACAGAAUAAAAGAUUGUAUUGUCGUAUUUCAAUGCAGUUACUGCAAUGUGCUUAUUCGCGUUUCCAUUAUAGCAAAACUGGUUGAAAAAAAAAGUCGUAAAAGUUUGAAGUUGUUUUAGCUCAAAAGUUUGACGCGCUUAAACAUCAUUUAUUAAAGUUGACAAUAAUAUAAAUAUAUAAAAAUAUUUAACAAUGGGAGGAGUUUUUUCAAAUCCAGUUGAUGAGAUUACCGUUAGGAAAAAUCAAGAAUACAUUUCGGAAAUGAAUAGAAUAAAGAUGGAACGCUGGAUACAAAUGCACUAUCAAAUCAAAGAGCGAGAAUUAGCUUUGAAUAUUGCGCGAAAUCGUGAACUAUUUUAUUGGAUAACCAAUUUUUACAUAGUUAGCCUUGUUGGCUUCAUAUCACGUUAUCGUAAAACAAAACGUUUAGGGGUCUUAACACCAUUAGUACCACUAAGUUUCAUCACAGCCUAUUAUGCAGACUUAGCCUAUGGCAAUAAAAUUCAUAGAAUACGAGCUGAAGCCGACAUGAUUAUGAAACACGAGCAGGAUUUACUGGAAUGGCCGAAUGGGUUACCAACAGUUUCAACAAUUGAUCAGGCUCGCGUUGAAGUUGAAAUGGAAAAGAAAAUGCAUCCACAGAAUCCUUGAACGUAGGAAGCGGAUAGGUUCACGUCCGAUAUAAGCACAACGUAUUUAAAUAUUCUUAUAUAUCUUCUGGUGCGAAAUUAUUUAAAAUCGACGACUUUUUCUUCGAUGUGUAUUCAUUAAUUAUAGUAUAUAUACAUAUGUACAGAAAGUAAAACGGUUACGAUUUGUCUUUAAUAUUUAUACAUAUUCCAUACUUGAUAAGAAAAGGAAGGCGUGGUUUUUAACAUUUUUGUUAAUUUCAGGUAAAUAUAAUUAAAGAAACGUGUUCAAUUAUGA